AUGGACGUCGCACCGUUUGGGCCUGCCCGGCCGACAAAGCAGUUUGUGCUAUGCUUUGAUGGUACGGGAAACAAGUUCGCCGGCGAUGAAUCCGAUAGCAACGUUCUGAAAAUCUUUCGAAUGCUCGAUCGCAGCCAACCUCAUCAGUUUCAUUACUACCAACCAGGCAUUGGAACAUACGUUACGACCAAUACCCUCUCCCAUACCAGCCGCUUCCAACGCAUCCGGUCUGCGUAUCAAAAAGCCAAGGAUUCCGCGGUCGGAUCCUCCUUUGAUGAGCAUGUCAUGGGUGGAUACAAGUUUCUCAUGCGAUUCUAUAACCCUGGUGAUGAGAUUUACUUCAUCGGAUUCAGUCGAGGGGCAUACAUCGCCCGCUUUCUGGCAGAAAUGCUUGAUUUCAUCGGGUUGCUCGAGGCUGGAAACGAGGAGCUGACUCGUUUCGCGUGGAAGACUUUCGCAAAGUGGCAGCAGCGUGGGGGCGACAGCGAUGAAGACAAGGAAGAGAAGAAGAAGCUCUUCCGUUACAUGAAAGCGUUCCGCGAAACAUUCAGUCGACCCAUCACAAGGAUCAAAUUCAUGGGCUUAUUCGACACGGUGAACAGUGUCCCGAGGUUCGAAUCGGCUUGGAUGCAGCGCAGCAAGUUCCCAUAUACAGCUCGAAGCUCUGCCAAAGUUAUCCGACACGCCGUCGGUAUCGACGAACGCCGAGCAAAAUUCCGACAAGAUCUCAUUUCCGAGAUCAAGCCUUGGUCGAAGAAAAAGCAGUCCCACCAUCCUUGGGCGCAUCAGCAUUUGCAUCGUCUCCACAGUCACCACAGUCACCAUUCGAAAGAAAAACAGCAGGAUAAUGUGCCGGAGAUCGUCCUAAACGAUGACCAAGAUGUCGAUGCCCAAGACAACGAAGCCGACGAUGCCGGUCAUCACGAUCGGGACGACAAAUCGUCUGUCUACCGAGGCUCGCAUGUCUCUCGGUCUCGCGAAAGCAUCCACUCAGGAAACAGGUAUCGCGCAACGUCCCCCAUGUCGCCGAACAGAAGGAAACCCAGCCUUGCCGUUCCUAUCGCUACCGGAUCAACGGAGGACCUGAACUCAAUACGAAGCGGUAACUCUGGAAUAUCGCUUCGGGUGCCCGCCGGGCCUCAGAUUGUAGAGGACGAUGAUGACGAUGAUGGGCAAGAUAUUCAAGAGGUCUGGUUUCCGGGUGGACAUGCCGACAUUGGCGGAGGAUGGACACUCGGCAAAGGUGAGAGCUGGCCAUUAAGCCAUGCGCCGUUGGUUUGGAUGGUCCAGGAAGCCCAGCGUGCAGGGCUCGAGUUUGAUCCCGCGAAGCUCAAGCAAUUCGAGUGCAUGGAGGAGUUUGAGGGCGAAUACAGUCCUAUUCGAGAGAACAUCAGAUGGCAGAAGAGCUGGUGCCAAGAUCCAGCACACGAGCAUGAACACCAGAAUGGAGUGAAGGACAAGGAGAAGGAGGUGCAUCGAGGGGCAAAUGGUGCGAAUGCCGAACAGAAACAGCCCUCGAGUUCUAGUCAGCGAUUCCGGGCGGCCCUGUACGCCUCGAGUACCGAGGGUCUUUUGCACGACUGCCUUUCCUUUGGCAAUGGCUUGCCUCCUAUGUCUGUGAUCACAUGGAGAUUGAUGGAGUACCUGCCUUUUCGCCGUAUGGACCUACAGGAGAACGGAUCGUGGAAACCGAUCCGAUGGCCGCUGCCCUGCGGAGAAGUACGAGACAUCCCGAAUGAAGCACAUAUUCACGUCUCUGCAAUUCGACGUAUGAAGAAGGAUCCAAAUUACCGUCCUGGGAAUCUUAUCCUUGGGGGAGGGGGCCGUGGAGUUCGCCGUGCCCCAGAGGAGGCCGGAACGGGCAAAUGGGUGAUCAAGGCCCAUGAAGGAGAUCCAGUCCGGGAGAUAUAUGUGCGGGAGAGCGUCUCCCAAAUGUGUAAGGAUGAGCAUAAUUAG